GUGAAAGCAGGUGCUUCUCGUUCCUUCUUAUCUGUUAAUAUUGUUCUAUUCCCUUUUAUCUGAGUGCACAAAUCUCUUCCUCACUUUUGUUAUCCUUCAAGGGCAUGGCAGCUGAUGAAGAUGCUCACUUGUCAGCAGUGAAGUCUCAGCUUAGUCAAGCACAUGAAACAUGGAAGCAGGAGAUUGAAGGAAGCCAAUCCCAAGUUGAUGCAUUUCAAACAGAAGUUAUGGAGGUAAAGGUUUGCAAUCAGGGUUCAGAUGGAAAUACCAAAAAGGAGUUGGAGGUUCUUUGGCGAAGAGUCAAGACUGCUGCUACAUUGUUGACCUACUUAAAAUCAAAAGCUAGGCUCAUGGCUGUUCCUCAUCUAGCCCAUACAUCUUGUGGCAUCAAACAAUUAGAGGGGGUAGGCUUUGUUGACAAAAAUGGGAUACCAUUAUCAGGUUGGUCUACCAAUGUUGAUCUUUCUUCAUUUGAUGACACAGAUGAAGAAUCUUGGAUAGGAAUUAGUCAUCAGCACGGUUCCUUAGAUGAACAAGAUGCUGUUUAUAUAGGUGAGAUACUCAAGUCUGUACAGAUGGUUGCAGAUGUGAUGGAAGCUCUUGUCAAAAGGGUUUUGUUGGUAGAAUCAGAAACUGAAAUAGAGAAGGAAAAAGUAGGUUUAAGUCAGGAAGAAAUUAAGCGAAAGUCUACCCAGUUAGAGAACAUGUCUAUGAAAUUAGAGGAGAUGGAACGUUUUGCUUUGAGUACAAACAGUAUUCUAAAUGAGAUGCGGCAGAGAGUUGAGGAUUUGGUGGAAGAAACAACCAGACAGAGAGAGCGAGCUGCUGAAAAUGAAGAGGAGCUUUCUAGAGUGAAGCGAGAAUUUGAGUCUCUGAAAUCGUAUGUUAGUGGUUUAAUCACAGUAAGGGAAACAUUGCUUUCUUCAGAGAAGCAAUUUCGAACUAUUGAGAGGCUGUUUGAAAAGUGAGUAUAUUAUAUGGUAUAUGUGUAGAGCAACAUGCAUUUAUUACGUAUCCUGAUAAUCUAAUGAUUAACCUACAUGAUGUUGCUUGACUUAAAUACCUUAGUACACUGCCUGCUUCAUUUUUGUUCUUUUAUAUAGUUUGAUUUUUUUAUCUUGACACCAUGCCAUCAUGUUGAUUUUUCUUGGAUAAAAUUUUCUACUUUUGUGAAAUAAUGUUAUCCUUUUUGUGGGUGUGGAUAGGAUUCUCUGUAUGCAUGACCAAGGUCUUGGACUCAUUUCAAGAGCAAAAUUUUGUACAACUCCAAAAUAAUCUUGGGAACCUUUAGUGAGAAGAAGUAAAUACUAUUAAAUUUGGUGUUGUUGACAUAUAUAUGAUAAAUUAUUAAACGGUCAAUUGAGGUCUAACUACGAUCUUGUCUAUAAUUAUUUUCAAUGGGAGUUGGUUCAUGGUUAAUAGUAAUGCUUUUUUAUUUUUUGAGGCUUGGUUAACUAUAAUGCUUUUAUUUCAACAAAAUCUAAUCUUCUAAAGCAUCAUAACUUGGCUAUUGUUUCAUUCAGGAGGACUUCUUCCUUUUUAUCUUCUACUUGACUUGGUCACAUUUGUGCCACUUAUCCAAGUCAUAUCUUUACCCUAUUGGAGCACCCUUUUCUCACCAAAAUCCCCCUUCCCAAAUAAUCACUUAGGCACCACUCUAGUAGAGGGGGCCUCCCAAGCCCUAGCAGGGUCUAGUACCAAAACUAGAAGUGUGAAUUGUACCAGAAGUUUUUGGUCUAAAAUCCUGUUAUUAUGUCAAGAUAACUUGGGUCAUGUGGUGGAUGCUGCAUUUCCUUUUUAAUACAUGCUUUUGUUACAUGUUGGUGACUGGGGAUGAACACCCACACAUUUUCCUGUUGAUGGAGUAAAACAUUUAUUUCAAUCAUCAACUCUCGUAGAAUGUUCAUUUCUAUUUUGAUAUGUAUUUUCCUUACGACCUGAUGUUGCUCCGUGUCAGGCUAGUAGCAAAGACUACUCAAUUAGAGGGUGAGAAAAUGCAGAAAGAGGCUGAAGUUCAGAAACUUAUGGAAGAGAAUGUGAGGUUGAGUGCAAUGCUUGACAAGAAAGAGGCUCAACUUCUAGCAUUGAAUGAACAGUGCAAGGUAAUGGCCUUGAGCGCUUCAAAUAUAUAAAUGUCAAUGAACCCGGCAAACUGGUUACUUUGCACUUUUAUACUGACCAACGGAGGCAUCUAAGUGAAGCUCCACUGGAUAAAGAACUUGAUCAAGGUCCUCUCAACCAGAAGAGGCACUAAGAAGGGGCUAUCCAUAAACAUCAUUAAUGCCUUUAUUUUAUUUUCUGGUGCCAUUUUUUGUUGUUAAAAUUGAACGCAGAAAAUACUUGUACUCGUGUGGAAUGUAAACUUGCAUAUUCUUUCACAGAAAAAAAAAAAAGAGAUAUGGGGUGUCUCUUUGCUGUAAAUAUUGUAGACCGAAUCAGGAACCUCAUAUCAUAGAUACCAUCAAGUAGGUAACUUCUAAAAGGCAAAAGUAUGAAGCUUACCCAUGAUUAUCAAACCAUUCUGUUGCCUCCUUCAAAUGGUGUUCUGUAUUCUUUACUGAGUAAACACAUUAUUUCUUCAUUACUCAUUACCCUAAUGCCAUGGAUUUGGUUCUUACAUAGGAAUAUAAAUAGAUUUCAAAACACGGUUGAUCCAUGGACAUGAGUUUCUGGUUUCAUGUCCUUGCCAAACUUUGUUCCUCCUGCCAGAUUUUGAACCCUGAAUUGAUAUGGAAUUGUCUUCCAACAAUUACCAUAUCAACCAAGAAUACAGGUUCCUUGCUAUGCUUCUCCCAUAUAUUCUCCACAUAACAGAUACCACGAAUUAACAAAAAAGAGAAGAUAUAUUUUGAAAAAUUCUCUUGAUCUAAUGUACUUUUUGCAGAAAAAAGACCAAAUAAUUGUUUUAAAUUAUAAAUGAGAUUUACUAUUUUUUUCAUUCAUUGAAUAGAAGAGUUGAUGUUUUAUAUUUAUAAUUUUAAAAUAUGAAUGAUUAUUUUAAAGACUAAUAAGGAUAUUUAUCAUCCUUAUAAGGCAGAACAACCAGACUCAUUGCUUGUAAGUGUGGCAUUCUAUGAUUUGUACCAGUUAACGAAGACAUCUACAAAAUUCAAAGCACUUAG